AUGGUGGACGUGCUGGGCGGGCGGCGCCUGGUGACCCGCGAGGGCACGCUGGUGGAGGCCGAGGCGGCGCUGCAGAACAAGGUGGUAGCUCUGUACUUUGCCGCAGGCCGGUGCGCGCCCAGCCGCGACUUCACGCCGCUGCUCUGCGACUUCUACACGGAGCUGGUGAGCGAGGCGCGGCGGCCCGCACCCUUCGAGGUGGUUUUCGUGUCGGCGGACCGCAGCGCCGAAGAGAUGCUGGACUUCAUGCGCGAGCUGCACGGCUCCUGGCUGGCAUUGCCCUUCCACGACCCCUACCGGCAUGAGCUGAAGAAGAGGUAUGACAUCACCGUCAUCCCCAAGGUCGUGGUCAUCAAGCAGAAUGGAGCCGUCAUCACCAACAAAGGGCGGAAACAGAUCCGGGAGCGCGGCCUAGCUUGCUUUCAGAACUGGGUGGAAGCAGAUGAUGUUUUCCAAAACUUCUCAGGGUGAAUCUGCAGGGACCAGAGCAGGUGCUGGAAGUGCAGGGCGACCUGCCUUCAAGGAGGGCUUAACUGGUUCUCUUCUCUGUUUGGGGGUGUCAUAGCCAAGUCACCAAGCUGUGGCAGAGAGCGGAAACUGCUCAGGGAAGAACUACAUCCACCCUCUGUGGGUCCUAGAGCUCCUUCAGGGUGAACUUUUAUUACUUAUAGCUUCCUCCACCCGUGCCUAGGCUCCAGGACACAUGGGCAGUGAGCUACCAGAGACCUAUGCGAGAUACUCUUUCCUGAGGUUUCUCUGGAAAAUUGACCUAUGAGGUGAUGCGUUUUCUGACUACCUAUCACACUUUAGUGAUGCUUUGGUAAACAUCUCCAUUACUCAAGUUUGUCCAUGUGUAAUUUAAUAAACCAACAUUCACACUUUGAGCAGA